GACAAGUUCAGCUGUUCUUCUACCAAAGGUAUUUCACUAAUGACGCUUCUCUAUAAAAGCACUGCUCAAAACGAUGAGAUCAGUUCAAUCCAGAACCAUCUAAGAUCACCAUGUUGGCCUUCUGUUUUCUUCUAACUGUUGCUUCAGUUUUUGCUGCACCUGAGACCCAAAUUGUCGAUGGGUCUCCAGCACGAAACUGCGAAUUUCCAUCGAUUGUCCAUCUCCAAGUUUACAACACACCUUCCGAUAAUACAGUUGGUAUGUGUGGAGGUACUUUGAUUGAUGCUACACACGUAGUGACAGCAGCUCAUUGCUUGGAAGGAAACGUCCGAAAGAUCACAGUAAAUAUUGGUUCCAACCAUAAGUGGAAUCUUGGUCCUCAGGCAAGAAGCGUAAGCAAAAUUGUGAACCAUGGUGAAUAUGUACACACUAAAUACCUAAUUAAAAACGACAUCGCCAUUUUGACAUUAGACCGUCCAGUCCGUGAAGGUGGAUGUGUCAAAUUUGCACAGUUGGCCAGAAAAGGAGAAACAUUUGGUACCCGAAGAUGUAUGGCUGCUGGAUGGGGAGAUUUCAAAUUUAAUGGAAACAGUCCUAACGAAUUAUACAAAGUGGCUCUUCCAGCUAUUCCUCAUAAUGUAUGUAAAAGAGAUUCCAGGAUGCGAAUUGCUGAUGGAAUUCUUUGUGCCGGAGACUUCAGACAAGGUGGAGCAUCUACUUGCCAGGGUGAUUCCGGUGGUCCACUUUAUUGCCCAAGCUCAAAUGGUCAAAUGGUCUUGGCAGGAGUAACCUCGUUUGGAAACAACUGUGACAAAGAAAUCAGCGCUUUCAGUGAUGUCGGAUAUUUCCGAGAUUGGAUCGAGAGUAAUCUCUAAGAAGUAUGAAUCAAGGAUGCCUAGAAAUAGCAGCUACGUUAUUUCAAAUCACCUUCUAUCACUUAAAAAAGCUGUAUGAAUAAAAAUUCAUCCUUAAUAUUAA